CUGGCAGGGAUAUGUAGCAGUGCGGAGGGAAUAGGAGAGUAACAACCCAUCAGCCACACAGCCAGCCGGGCACGGCGGCGGCUCCGUUCUCCCUGCAGCCCGGAGACACGUACUGACAGGAGGCAGAGCCGCGGGGGUGACAGCGACUGUCACUUCCCAGUUCCCGGGUACGGGGCAGCUCAGCACCGGGUUAUACAGCAGCGCAGUAGGGUACCCGGUACAGUGAGGUGGCGGGUCAAUGGUGGGGGCCGGAACUGUGCAAGGCUGUGCGGGAGGGACAGUGCCCGUUAUACCUCCACCCGCUCACACACCGCGACCGCACAAGCUGGGAGACCGCUAGCGCCGGGCCAGGAGAGUGACAGCCGUAGCCAGCUUGGGACCAUCCUGUGCUGUCAUUGGUGACCAGCCAGACUCCUGCCCCUCUCUGUGCCGCAAUUGGCUGCCUGUGUGACUCCUCCCGGGAUGUGAUUGGCUGCAGGCGGCUGCCCGUCUCCCCGGAGUUGCUCCUGCUGCGUUCCCGCCCCCUGACUCCUAAUUGAUAUUAUUGGAGUGUGGAGGCAGCGGCGGUCGAGCUGCAGUCAGAGGCUGGCGCUCAGCACAGCGCUGCCGGAGGAGCCGCACAGUCAGGGGCAGCACAGGAAUGUCUCCUCCCCGGUGUCGCUGCACAUAGGCACAUGAGAGCCACACAGCGCCGGCGGCACCAGCAGCUGAUCCGAAACUUCCCCAGCACAUAGCGAGGACUUGCCAUCUCUCUCCAGCGCUGGCCACGCUCGCUCCAUGCACCAUGGUUCUCCUCCUCCGCCGCUGCUGCUGCCCCGCUUGGAUUACCUUUUGCUUCUGUCUACUCUGUGUUGCACAGCCCGGGAAGGCGCAGUCUGCGAAGGAAGUUAUAUUGCUGGAUUCCAAAGCACAACAGACAGAAUUGGAAUGGAUCUCUUCUCCAUCCAGUGGGUGGGAAGAAAUCAGUGGACUGGAUGAAAAUUACACACCAAUUAGAACUUAUCAGGUAUGUCAGGUCCUGGAACCCAACCAGAACAACUGGCUACGGACUAACUGGAUUUCAAAAGCCAAUGCACAAAGGAUUUUUGUUGAGCUAAAGUUCACGUUAAGGGAUUGUAAUAGUCUUCCUGGUGUUUUGGGAACUUGCAAAGAAACCUUUAAUUUAUAUUAUUAUGAAACAGAUUAUGAUGCUGGCAGAAACAUGAGAGAAAAUCAAUAUGUGAAAAUAGACACUAUAGCUGCAGAUGAAAGUUUCACCCAAGGAGACCUUGGAGAACGGAAAAUGAAACUUAAUACGGAGGUUCGGGAAAUUGGUCCUCUUUCAAGAAAAGGAUUUUACCUGGCAUUUCAGGACGUAGGAGCUUGCAUUGCUCUGGUUUCUGUGAAAGUAUACUACAAAAAGUGUUGGUCCAUUAUUGAGAAUUUAGCCAUAUUUCCUGACACUGUUACUGGUUCUGAAUUCUCCUCCUUGGUUGAAGUAAGAGGGACUUGUGUAAGCUAUGCAGAGGAAGAAGCAGAAAAUUCUCCCAAGAUGCAUUGCAGUGCAGAAGGCGAAUGGCUGGUCCCCAUAGGAAAGUGCAUCUGCCAAGCUGGAUAUCAACAAAAAGGAGACACUUGUGAACCUUGUGGUCGUGGCUUCUAUAAAUCUUCAUCUCAAGACUUGCAGUGCUCCAGGUGCCCAGCCCACAGUUUCUCAGACAAGGAAGGCUCCUCCCGUUGUGAUUGUGAAGAUGGUUAUUACAGAGCCUAUUCUGAUCCAUCAUAUAUUGCUUGUACAAGACCACCUUCGGCACCACAGAAUCUAAUUUACAAUAUCAACCAGACAACAGUGAGCCUGGAAUGGAGUCCACCAGCAGACAAUGGUGGCAGAAAUGAUGUCACUUAUCGAGUUGUAUGCAAAAGGUGCAGCUGGGAGCAGGGGGAAUGCAUUCCCUGUGGGAGCAAUGUGGGAUAUGUUCCUCAGCAAAGUGGAUUAGUAGAUACCUAUAUUACUAUCGUGGACCUGCUCGCUCAUGCGAACUACACUUUUGAAGUUGAAGCUGUGAAUGGGGUUUCAGACCUGAGUCGUUCCCAAAGACUAUUUGCUGCAGUCAGUAUUACAACUGGUCAAGCCGCUCCGUCUCAAGUAAGUGGGGUAAUGAAGGAGAGAGUGUUACAGCGCGUUGUCGAUAUAUCCUGGCAGGAACCUGAACAUCCCAAUGGAGUCAUCACAGAAUAUGAAAUCAAGUAUUAUGAGAAAGAUCAAAGAGAGCGCACAUAUUCUACAUUGAAAACAAAAUUAACAUCUGCUUCAAUCAAUAAUCUUCGGCCUGGAACAGUGUAUGUGUUUCAAAUCCGAGCGUUCACUGCUGCUGGCUAUGGAAUGUACAGUCCCAGGCUUGAUGUCACCACACUGGAGGAGGCUACUGCUACUGCUGUAUCCAGUGAACAGAAUCCUGUCAUUAUAAUUGCGGUGGUUGCAGUAGCAGGCACUAUAAUUUUGGUGUUCAUGGUCUUUGGUUUCAUCAUUGGAAGAAGGCUUCAUAGGCAUUGCGGCUACAGCAAAGCUGACCAGGAAGGAGACGAAGAACUGUACUUUCAUUUUAAAUUUCCAGGCACCAAAACCUACAUUGACCCUGAAACGUAUGAGGAUCCAAAUAGAGCUGUCCAUCAAUUUGCCAAGGAGUUGGAUGCAUCCUGUAUAAAAAUCGAGCGUGUGAUUGGGGCAGGAGAGUUCGGAGAAGUGUGUAGUGGUCGACUAAAGCUUCCCGGAAAGAGAGACGUGGCAGUUGCCAUAAAAACCCUUAAAGUUGGCUACACAGAGAAACAAAGACGGGAUUUUCUGUGUGAAGCAAGUAUAAUGGGCCAGUUUGACCAUCCAAACGUUGUUCACCUAGAAGGAGUGGUAACACGCGGGAAACCGGUAAUGAUUGUAAUUGAAUACAUGGAAAAUGGAUCUCUAGAUGGAUUUUUAAGGAAAUGUUUGGAAUGGUUUACUUCACCUCCAAAAUCUAAACGCUCAGGAUCUACUCAGACAAUGCCUUUUGUAAAAGUCCAAACACUAAAUACUCCGGGAUCAAAUGCACAGAAACAAGAUGGGCAGUUCACAGCCAUUCAGCUGGUAGGGAUGCUGAGAGGAAUUGCAGCAGGGAUGCGAUAUCUCGCUGACAUGGGAUAUGUUCAUCGGGAUCUUGCAGCACGGAACAUUCUUGUCAACAGUAACCUUGUCUGCAAAGUAUCUGACUUUGGCUUGUCUCGAGUUGUAGAAGAUGACGCAGAUGCAGUAUACACAACGACUGGGGGAAAGAUUCCAGUCAGAUGGACCGCUCCAGAAGCUAUCCAGUAUCGCAAGUUUACAUCGGCCAGUGAUGUAUGGAGUUAUGGGAUUGUAAUGUGGGAAGUAAUGUCCUAUGGAGAAAGGCCUUACUGGGAUAUGUCAAACCAGGAUGUUAUAAAAGCUAUUGAGGAGGGUUAUCGGUUACCUGCACCAAUGGAUUGUCCUGCAGGUCUUCAUCAGCUAAUGUUAGACUGCUGGCAGAAGGAGCGUGGAGAAAGGCCUAAGUUUGAACAGAUUGUUGGUAUUCUAGACAAAAUGAUUCGAAACCCUAACAGCUUGAAAACUCCAAUGGGAACUUGUAAUAGACCUGUAAGCCCACUUCUGGAUCAGAACACCCCUGAUUUUUCUGCAUUCUGCUCAAUUGGAGAAUGGCUCGAAGCUAUUAAGAUGGAACGAUAUAAGGAAAAUUUCAGUUCAGCAGGAUACAAUUCCCUUGAUGCUGUUGCCAGGAUGACUAUUAAUGAUGUCAUGAGCCUAGGAAUUUCGUUGGUUGGCCAUCAGAAGAAGAUCAUGAGCAGUAUUCAAACUAUGAGAGCACAAAUGAUACAUCUGCAUGGAACAGGAAUACAGGUGUGAUAGACAGUCCUCCCUAAUGAGGGAGGUAAGACUGAGACAAUAGCACUGGCCUUUACUUCACAAGAACUGCUGCUGCUAGAAUCAGCUCAGUGAACUGAGUUCUCUUUACUAUGGCUUUUUGCAGUAGAUAAAAACCAACUAGAUCCUCAAGCACCUACAGACUUCAACUCCUAAGUGCCACCAGACAUUUCCUAAGAGAGAAAUUGGAUCAUACGCACGUGGCAAGCCUAACAGCAGUAAUAACAAAGUACUACCUGAAAACAAGAACAAAAUAGAGCUCUCUAACCUCCUUUUUGCCCAGUGGACUUUUUAAAAUGUACUGUACAUAAAUAAUUUUAAAAGAUAAAAAGAAUAUAUUUGUUGGACAAAAUCACAAGAUUGUUGGUAAAUACGGCAAACUAUUUUCCUUAAGCUGUGUUUUAUUAUAUAAUCUUAUUUUUUAAUGUGUUAUUCUCCUUAGAUUUUUUUGAGGGGGGAGGAGAUUGAUCUAUUUAAUUGCACACAUAUUAGGAGACUAAUAUUAGCAUGGUUUAAAUUAUAAUUUAAAUGCUGUUAUUCAGGCAUUUUACUUAGAUAUCUAUGAAGACAUUGGUAAAAUCAACAGCAGGCAAGUAGAACUCUGCAGGUUAAUAUCUGUUUAUUUUUAGAUAUUUUCUAAGGACUUGCUGAAUAUAAAGCAAUAAUGGCACUCUUAUGUGGUCAUGGCACCUUUGAUACAGAAAACACAGUAAAAACAUUACAUCAUUAAAAAUUGCUAAAAUUGAGAGUUAUUUAAUUCUCUGAAAAAACAGGGUCUCCAAAACUACAUACCAGAAACCAGUACUGUAAAAUAUAAAGCCUUCCCUUUGUGAAUGUCAAGAUCAAUUAAAAAAAAAAAAAAAAAGACUUGUGGCAAAGUCACUGUCGAAACCUUUCACUGCCUGCAAUUAAGUGCAAGGUGUCCGAAGAAUCAACAAUUUGUUUUUCUUACAACAAUAGAUUUGAAAUAGCCAAAUUAUAUUUUGUACAAGAUCUUGUUGAAUGCACUCCAUGUUUGAUUGUACAGUUUGAUUUUAUAUUUAGCAUUAUAUAUCAGGGUGAAAAGGGUAGCUCUUUUGUUUACCAUUAAAGAGUAAGACAUCUUAAAACACACAUGAUUAGCUAAAUUGUAUCACAAGGUAUUUAGGAUAGACUUUUUAUAGAUAAAUAUCUGAUUGGAGGAGGUUUUUGCCUUUUUUCUGUCUACCGGAAGCAAUAAUAAAUUGUGUCUUUCUAGAUAUUCCCUUUGUGCAUAUAUUUAGAGUAAGAGAUAUAUUUGUAAAAUAUGUUUAGAUGGUGGACCACCCAUCGUGUAGAAUUGUGUCCUUUCGAACAGAUUCGGGUAGUUAAAGAAAGAUCCCAGGGAUCGAUCAGAAAUUGGUUCCCUUUGAUUAUGUGGGCAUCCACAGAAAUUGUAAAUGUCUCAGUGUAAAGUGUGUAAAUUUUAUUUAUACUGUCUUGUUUUGUAUACACAUUUCUCUGUAGUGAGCUCUGAAUACAUUGAAAAUGCACUAUAUUUUUCUAUUUUACUUGCAGAGAUUCACAAAACAGGUAUUUCAAUGCUACAUAAUGUAUUUUACCAUAUAGGACCAAAGAUGGCUGCAGAAAACACAAAUGGAUAUUCUCUUCAGCUUACUUUACUUUCCAGUCAAUUUAAUUCUCUGUACAUUGUUAUUUUAUGACCUUAUAUUUAUUUGUUAGAAAAAAAAAUCAUUUCAAAGAUGUUUCCUUUAAAAAAUAGUAAAAUACAUUUACUGAAUUA